GCAGAGAGCAGGAGGCCAAGCACUGUGGUGUGCCCGGAGGAGUGCGGCGUGCCCGCCGACACGGUCCUUGCCCCGCUGAAGGAGGCCCUCGAUGCCUGCCGCCCCACGGUGCAGAAACAAGUGUGCAACGACAUCGGGCGGCGGCUGACAGUUCUAGGGGAUAUGUGGGCUCAGGGAAAGCUGUCGGCCCCAGUGAGGAAGAGAAUGAGCCUCCUGGUGCAAGAGCUCCAGCAACAGCACUGGGAUGCAGCUGAUGAGAUCCACCGCUCACUCAUGGUGGACCACGUGAACGAAGUGAGCCAGUGGCUGGGGGGGGGGGAGGGGCCGGCGCAGGAGCCUGCCUGCUGCAGAGCUGGCUGCAGUGAUGGAUGGCAACACUGA